AUGGGAUUAAUUCAACUAAUUAUUGAUCUUCUUUUUGUUUCUUUUCUUGCUUUAUCUCAAAAGGUUACAUCUGAAGCACCAACAACAGAAGAUGCUGAGGUCAAUAACUCAAAUGUGAGAACUGGACAAGAGACUUUGAAGGUUGUAACUACUACACCAGCAGCUGAGAAUGCUACGCUUGAUAGCUCAAAUGUGGGAUCUGGUGGAUGCCCACCUGUUGGAAUUACAGCACCAACAAUUGAAGAUGUUGCGGCCCAGAACUCAAAUGUUAAGACUGAAGCUACACCGAAAACUGAAGAUGUUGCGGCCAAUAACUCAAAUGUUGGAACCCAAACACUAGCAACUGAAAAUGCUUCGCUUGAUAGCUCAAAUGUUGUCAUUGAAAAUCCAAUAGUUGAAAACGGUGCGCCAGAUAACCCAAAUGUUGAAACUGGAGUACCAGCAAGUGAAGAAGUUGUGCCCAAUAACCCAAAUACGAGACGGAGACAUUCAAGAAGAGUCACCGAUGAGAGCAGUCAAAAUUUUGAUACUGAAGGAUCGACGGAUGACGUUACCAGCACGUUAACAAAAAUGCUUUACGAAAAUGUUUCCCGUGAGAAUAAUGCUGGAAAGAUGGAGGAAAAAGAGGUCAAAGGCAAGUCCCAGAGUGCGUCCGUUAAGUGUUGGUUUUGCUUUUGCUACGCGGAGGAAUAAGAAAGAAUACCAUUGCCCGUUGCAGUUUGGAGGAAUUGUUGGUUUUCAGUUCCAAGACUCCUUUUCUUACUCAAGAUUUUGUGGGUUUUUGAUCAAAUUCAUCGCUACAAUACAUUUAUAUUUUAUAAAAACUCUAGAAAAUAGCAAUCCAAAAGGGACCUAAGUUUUCCAGUCUCCGCAAGUUCUGUUGAACAGUGGAUAUCAAAGGCAAAUCUCCUCCUGUGCUCCUUGUUACAUCUUUAUUGGGCUUGAGCUUCAAACUCGACCAAUUUCUGUGAAAUAAGUCAGGCAAAUGUGUGAGGUUAUCAUGUGAAUUAACUUUCA